GACGAAGCACAAUUGCUCUUUUCUUUCCCUUUUACAUAUUUUGAAGUUUGCAUUACCUCUUUUGCCCUCGUCGAGGUUUCCAAGCGCCGUCUUGUACCUGAGCGCCCCUGAAACCACACACCGCCACCGUCACCCGCACAACAAUCAUGUCAAUGCGAGUGACGCGAUCCCAGGCGGGCAAGACCCCAGUCAAGCCCGAACGUCCCGGUUUUGUUGAGACUCCAGGGCGCAGGAGGUCACAACGGCGCAAAUCAGUCGUGGCCGAUGCCGAUACAUAUGAAUCGACGCCAGAACCUGAGGAAGCCUUCGCAAAGUCCUUGCCAUCCACCGACAGCACCAUGUCCCUCGAAACAGGCCACACCAAUGGCCAUGCCAACGGAAAUGGAACUACCAAUGGACACGCAAAUGGACACAACAAGCAGGAAAAGGUUGAAUUAGACUUUGCGUUCGAGGCCGAAAAGUUCUUUGCCCCCAAGGACCCUUCUGGCCUGGGCGAAUUUGGAGGUGCAAUCGGAAUGGGCAGUAUGAUGAUUUGCUUUCCUGCACUCAUGUACUACAUGUGGAUCGGAGCCGCUUUCUACGAUGGCAAGUUCCCUACACGUACCCAGGGCCAGAGCUGGUCAGACUUCUUUGGCCAUAUGUGGUACCUGGUCAAGACGGAAGCCUACCCCAACAACAAAGCAUGGCAAAUUUACUGGUUCUUCGGACUGAUGCAAAUGGCCUUUUACAUGUUCAUGCCGGGUGUCUACCGCAAGGGCAAGUCGCUUCCUCAUCUGGGUGGAAAGCAGUUGGACUACUACUGCUCAGCAAUGUGGUCCUUCUAUUCUAGCAUUGUCAUCAUGCUGACCCUGCACUUUGGCGGCUACUUCAAGCUUUACACCUUGGUUGAUGAGUUUGGCCACAUCAUGAGCGUUGCCAUCAUCUCUGGCUUCCUCUGCUCGACCAUCGCAUACGUCUCUGCUCGCGUCCGCGGCGCAACCGUCCGCAUGACCGACAACUUUAUUGUCGACUUCUUCCUCGGUUCUGAGCUCAACCCCCGUCUCUUUGGUAUCUUGGACUUUAAAAUGUUCCUUGAAGUCCGCAUCCCUUGGUUCAUCCUCUUCUUCCUUUCGCUUGGCACGUGCUUGAAGCAGUACGAGCAAUACGGCUACGUUUCCCUCGAAGCCAUCUUCCUCCUAUUCGCACACUACCUCUACGCCGGCGCCUGCGCAAAGGGCGAGCACCUCAUCAUCACAACCUGGGAUAUGUACUACGAGAAGCUUGGCUUCAUGCUCAUCUUCUGGAAUAUGGCUGGUGUGCCUUUGUCGUACUGCCACUGCACUCUCUACAUCGCCUACCACCACCCCUCCGAGUACGAUCUCCCGACCUGGUUCACCGUUCUUCUGACUCUUGCCUACCUCUACGCCUACUACAUCUGGGACACGACCAACUCGCAAAAGAACCAGUUCCGCCAGGAAGAGCGUGGUGUGGUUGAGGAGCGUACCACUUUCCCCUACUUUAAAUACGGCCGCAUCGAGAACCCCAAGACUAUCCAAACUGCCCACGGAAACAAGAUUCUGGCUGAUGGCUGGUACGGAAAGGCACGCAAGAUCCACUACACCUGUGACUUUUUCUUUGCCGUCAGCUGGGGCCUCAUCACUGGUUUCAGCAGCCCGUUCCCUUGGUUCUACUCUGUCUUCUUUGCCGGCAUGAUUAUCCACCGCGCAAUGAGGGACAUUGAGAAGUGCAGGGAGAAGUAUGGUGAGGCAUGGAAGGAGUAUGAGAGGCAGGUGCCUUAUCUUUUCAUCCCAUACGUCUUUUAAGCACGCGACUAAUCCGUGUAUCCGAAACUCAAUCUCUCUGUGUACUAUACAGGUUCGGGCUCGUGCCUCAGCUCACUCGGAAUUAGUUGCGUACGUACAUGAUUUUGAUCCAUGCCAUGUUCGGCCGACUUUGUAUGUACUGUGUUGGAUGGCUGUUUUAUCUCUAAUGGUAAGGGUUUCUGUGUAUAAAAGAUACUAGACGAGAAUACGUAUUGUAAAUGGUUGUAAUGGAGGCAGUAAUGCCAUAUAUGAAGUAUAUCACCGAUAAUGUCAUUUGUUCACUCG